AUGUCUCACCAGACAGGAAUUAAAGCAAAUGAUGAACUUAAAAAGUUCUUUGCAACAAGUAGAGAUGGUUCCAUUAGAUUGAUCAAAGUUUCAAUAAAAGAAGAGCAAUUGGUGCUAGAUGGAUACGAGCAUGUCAAAGGCACUUGGGAGCAAGAUUUUGAUCCUUCAAUUGGUCCACAAAUCGAAGAAAAUCAACCUUGUUAUCUAAUGUACAGACUAGAUAGCAAGAAUAAUUCGAAUUACGAAUGGAUGCUCGUUAGUUGGACUCCCGAUACUGCUCCAGUCCGUCAAAAAAUGCUCUACGCAUCUACGAAGGCCACUCUGAAGCAAGAAUUUGGAUCUUCGCAGAUUAAAGAAGAAAUGCAUUGUACUAUAACGAGCGAUAUUACUUUGAAUGGUUAUUUCAAACAUAAAAAAUCCACUGCGGCACCCGCUCCUCUAUCUAUGAGGGAAGAAGAAUUAAAUGAAUUGAAGAAAACUGAAGUUAAUACCGAAAUCAGUAUCGAUACUAAACAACAAACCUUGAGCGGUGUGGCUUUUCCUCUUACUACAUCAACUCAAGAUGCUAUCAUUGAUAUGAUACGUGGAACUUACAAUUAUCUUCAAUUGAAAAUCGAUAUGAAUGAAGAGAGCAUACAUUUAGUAACUGCCGAGAAUGUUAGUUUAGAAAAAUUGGCUUCCAAGGUUCCAAAAGAUAAAGGAAGGUAUCAUUUGUUCAAGUUCAAACAUACCCACGAAGGGGAUUACAUGGAAAGUUUUAUAUUUAUAUAUUCGAUGCCGGGUUACAGUUGUUCAGUUAAAGAGAGAAUGCUCUACUCGAGUUGUAAAAACCCACUGACAGACAGCAUAUCAAAAUUAGGAUUGGAAAUCGCCAAAAAACUGGAAAUUGAUUCUGGUGAUGAGUUAACGGAAAAGUAUUUGUACGAGGAACUCCAUCCGACUAUCAAUUUGCACCGACCUCAAUUUGCCCGGCCUAAAGGACCGCCUAAUAGAGGCCCGAAACGCGUGACAAAAAAUCUAUAA